AAUCCUUAUCACAACAAAAGGUACAAAAGAUUCAGGACAAGAGAGCUUGUCUGGUGAAGCGAGGCAGAUGUUGUCUUCAAGAAAACAGACUUCUCGGCCAUUUGAAUUUUGCCAAUAGUUAUGCACAGGGGUUAGCUGAAAUGCAGAAGGAUGCAGAGAUACCUCAGACAGUUCUGUCAGAACAGACCUCGACGAAAGUAAAUAAUCCCGACAGGUGUCCUAGCCGAGCUUCGUUAGUGAAAGGAUGCUUUGCACUGCACUAUGCUUCAAUGCCCCUACGGAGCAAGGACAUAACUCAUUUCUAAACCACGACGCGGCGGACGCGGGAUGGGGAGCCCAGUUAAAUGGGAUUCAUCUGUCAGGAACGUGGAACAAGAAACAGAAGUUAUGGCACUUAUUUGUAAAGGAGAUGUAUGCAGUAUGUGCUGCAAUACGGAGUCAGAUGAGUCAGAUGGACCACCUCGGAGGUGCUCACAGAUUAGUCCAGACAGACUAUCAGACUCUCGUUGCUUAUAUCAGAAAAAAAGGGGGCACGAGGUCCCUAGCACUACUGACUCUUACAACCAGACUGCUGACACUGACCGACCAGCUGAAAGUUUCACUGUCGGCUUGUUACCUCCCGGGGAGGUACAACAAUAUUGCAGACCGAUUAUCAAGUGCAAAUCCACUUCUGGAGUGACGUUUACUUCCACAGGCUACGGAAGCCAUAUUCAAGAAGCGGGGAGUGCCAGAAAUCGUGGUGUGUACAUCGGCAGAGACAAAGAUAGUGCCAAGCAGAUAUCAGACACGUCUUCAUUAAAGAGACGUUAUGUGUUUGGCAAGGUACAUAAUAGGAAUGUUUUGCAUUCCAACAAAACAUGUAUUAUGUACUAAACAAACACAUAACGUCUCGGCAAGGGCCUUGCUGUUGAAGACGCUAUGAAGUGACAGACGUCAACCGUCAGGAUGACAGCUCGCUUCAGCCAAGCGCGAGCGGGCAUCCCAGCUGGACCAUAGAGAAAAAACACGGUAACCAUAGAGAAAGAGGUAUGUUUUAAGUAUUUUAAGGG